CUCCGGGGCUGCGCUCCGGUGCUCUCCGGUGCUGCGCUCCGGUGCUGCGCUCCGGCCAUGGCCAGCUGGCGGCGGGACACACGGGUGACGGCCGUGCAGCGGCUGGGCUGCGCCGCGCUGGCCGGAGCGCUGAGCCUCAGCCUGACGGCACCGCUGGAGCUGCUGACGGUGCUGGCGCAGGUGGGCACCUGGCACUGCCGGCGGGGGCUGCGCGGAGCCGGGCAGAGCCUGUGCCGGGCCGAGGGCGUGCGGGCGCUCUGGAAGGGGAACCUCACCGCCUGCCUGCGCCUCUUCCCCUACAGCACCCUGCAGCUCGCCGCAUCCCGUCGACUUGUUAUACUUUUCACUGAUGAGUUGGGUCAUAUUUCCCACUGGAGAGCCAUCAUGGCAGGAAGCCUGGCUGGCAUGGUUGCAACCGUCGUGACUUACCCCACGGAUGUGAUUAAAACACGGCUCAUUGUGCAGAACCGACUGGAACCAUCUUAUGAAGGGAUUGUUCAUGCUUUUUACAAGAUAUAUCAUCAAGAAGGACUCCUUGCACUCUACCGUGGCGUUUCACCAGCUAUAUUAGGUGCUGUCCCAUUUUCUGCUGGCUCAUUCUUUGUUUACAUCAAUCUGGACAAAAUCUGGCAAGAACCCAUGGUUCAUUUCACUCCUCUUCAGAACUUCAUCAAUGGCUGUGUAGCAGCUGCUGUGGCACAGACACUUUCCUUCCCCUUUGAGACUGUCAAGAGGAAGAUGCAGGCCCAGAGUCCUUGGCUUCCCCACUAUGGAGCAGUUGAUGUCUAUUUUACUGGCAUGGCUGACUGCUUCCGGCAGACUGUGAAGAACAAAGGUGUGCUUGGACUUUGGAGUGGACUUACACCCAGUCUGCUCAAGAUUGUCCCAUACUUCGGUGUUAUGUUUAGCACCUUUGAGUUCUGCAAGCGGGUCUGUCUGUACAGAAAUGGUUAUAUUGAGUCUCCUUUAAAUUACAAGCUAACCCCUGGUGUGGACCAGAGUUUACAGCCACAAGAGCUGAGAGAGUUAAAGCGCCUGCGGAGGGAAAGUUUUGAGCCAAGGAAAUCAGCUCUUGAGAACUGACAUCAGAGUGUCCAUUGGAGAUACACACACUGCCUUUAUUAAGGAGCUUUGGAAGACAGACACGCUCAGCCACAGGUACCAGCGUUCAGUGAACUGCAUGGGUUCAAUAGCACGAACGAGUAAGUCUUGUCUCUCAUUUGCUGAACGGACACAAGCAAUACGAAGAGCAAGCACAGACUGAAGAGGAGAGGUGCAACUAGUCUGAAAACGCUGGGCUGCUGAAACUUGACCAUACAUUACUCUAGGUGCUUUAAAGUACAGAACAGCCAUUUUGAGGGAAAACCACUUGCAGAAAGGCAAAAGAACUGAGGUGAGAGUAGAGAUUGCAUCUUAAAUAUGGUAAGAAAAUUCAAGUGGAUAUUUUUAAGUGAUCUGCAAUACUGCAUCAGCCAAAAAUUAUAAAUAGAAUAUGAACAACAUGCAGGAAUUUAUACUGAAAUCUCUUUUUCUUUGGCAAUACUGUGUAGAUGUGGCAUUCUGUGGAUGCAGGAUUAGUGUCAGUUCAGUCACACUCCAGAAUCCCCUCUUCAGUUUUUGAGACGUAGUCAAAGACAAUAAUGUUGAAUGAGUUUUUGGCUGAAACUGGGCUAAGAGAGAACUGUAAUGUGCAAACAAACUGUAAUGCUCCCCCCCUUUCUCCUGUGUUUUUUACUGUAUGUGAAUUGUUUCAGGCUUUGAAAAACACUUUUCCUGAAGCUCUCUCCUUCCUGAAUUCAUGUGUUGGGUGUUUCAGAGCCAUGAGCCUUGUCACACUGUUUUGGUAUUCUUAAAGCUCUAUUUUUAUAUGGAACUACUUUUGGGUUCCUGUGCACAGACGCAGGCCUGCUUUGCUGCUCAGAAAGUGCCAGCAGGAUAGCACUGGGAACACAAGUUGUGUUUUUCCCAGUUUAACUGCUAUGAUCUAGAUGUCUGCAGAUGGUUUCUGCAGACAGCAACCUCUCUGCAAGACUACUGGGGUAUUGCCAGUGCUGAUGCAAUUGAUGAUAGGCCUCUGAGCAGCCUAGUGAGCUUUUGGACAGUGAAAGAUCAUCUUGGUGUUAUAGCUGAGGACCUGCAGUAUUGCUCCAGUUCCUUUGUAGAAGUACAGCUAUGGAACAGCCCCAUCCUAGUGCCUUGUGAUAGAAAACCUUAAACCCUGUGUCCCCGUGGGAAGGCUGUGACAUGUCCCACUUACCAGGCUGUGGCAAGGUGUGAAUUACAGCUGCUGUGUUCCAGCAGCCUGGGCUCACACAGGAUUUGCCUGCUGAUUUCUGUGUGGUUUUGUACUGCUUAUGUCCCUGCUGGGUGGAAAUAAGUAAAUCUCAGAAACUGCUUGGUUAGACCAGGUCACAGUGGGGUGAGGCAAUGGAAACUGAUGCAGGAGCAGUCUGUGACCAUGGCGAGAGAUGCACAGAAGGGUUUGUGAUAACUGUAAGGCCUCCCUUGCACCUGGAACCUGACACUGAUGUACCCUACAGCUAAGGUCUUGCAGUAUCUCUCUUAAAGAGCCUGCUCAGUUCUGCUUCAGAGUGCUUCAUAUUUGUUUUCUUCUCAGAGAAGAAAUGCAAACAUUGAUAGCAAAAAAUGAAGAUGGUGGAGAGCAGAUCUGGUGGCUCAUGUGUCACACUGUACAUGCUUUUGGCUCUGUAAUCAACCUGCCUAGUGACCGUGUUUAUCUGGGCCUCAGUUUCCCCAACUGCACAGUGCAGGUGAUAGUGGUGAGACUUAUUUGAGAUGUGUGAGUAAGGGAAUGGGACUUGUGUUGGGGAGGAUCAGCUUUCUAUAGAGUCCCCUUGCCUUGUUCAGGCAUACCUGUAUGUUUUUUAUUAACGUUGUAUUUCUGAAUAAAUGUCAAAGAUUGA